GGAUUGAGUAGCAUUCGCAGCCAAACAUUCUGUUACGCCGCAAUUUCUUCUUCCAGCAUCAUUGCAUUUUGCCUUGGAAAUUUGAUUCGUAUGUUUCUUCAAAAUAUGCAAUUUCGUUCUUCAGCGCGUAUACAGACCAGUCAUGAAUUCUCUAGGGAUUCGGGCUCCAGAUUGGCUCCGGCUUUUAUCUUCUAUUAGAUCGUCAUACACGCCGCAGCCUGGACGCACUUGUUUCCAGCCUCCCUACCAUUGGUCUCUGACGGGAGCUUGGACUGCCGAUAAUGACACUGUCAACGGUACGAUACCCUUAGUCGACACUUGGACAUUUACGCAUGCCGUCUCGCUCACUCAACAUGAUAUUGUUGAGGCUUGCUACCGUCCGAAAAGCAUUCCUUGGUACCUUCAGCCUUUCCCAACCUGGACCGCCUUCGUCAUCGUCCCUGUCUUCUCGCUCUUCUCGUCUCUUGCCAAAUUGCAACCCCUUAAAAGCAAGCAGCUCCCUGUCAUGGUUGGUAGCGAUUUCUUUCGUGCUGCUCGUAUGCCUCAAAUAAAGUCGCCGACCACUACAUCUCCAAUCAAUCUGGCGUCGUCCCUGCCAUCGGAGCUUGUAUAUACAUGUUCGGCACCCGGAAAAACGCAGCUGUUUUCUCAUUUUUAAAGUACCUCACGUUUUCUUUACCUUGUUGCUUUGUGCCACCUUCCUUUCCCUCCUGAGUAUUCAUGUAUUCUCUACGAAACAGAUGUGUACAUCGCAUUGUCCUCAGCAUCAUCAUGUCUAGAAACGGACGGCCGGCGAAUUCUCUACAUUUUCAAUGGGCACCUUGUGUCCAACAAGUGUGCGGAUGUUGUUGAUACCGUAACUAAAGGAACAUUUAGCAUCGUGAACAUUUUUCACGUCAAAGGUACUUG